GCCGAACACUUACAGCCACAGCAUUCGGUUAUGUGGAGCUAAGGCUCCAUGACUGUGCCAAACAUUCUGAAUUUUCGUGGACCCCAAAUUCUCGAAAUACGAUUUUCUUAGUACUCACUGGUUCAGAGAAAUAGUGUCAGAAAUUAAAUUUGUUUUGGUCAGAGCCAUGAGGAAUCAAGCUGCUGGCUUUCUUCUCUCACUCGGGAUGGCACUACUCCUGCCUCACGCACCUACCGCAGCCCAGGAUCCACCAUUUGGUUUACUGAUAAAUCAAGGCAGCCCUCUCUCUAAUGUCGAAUAUGAACGCUUCUUCACACUGUUGACCCCAACCUGGAAGGCAGAGAGUAUCUGCAAGCACCGUAUUACGUAUGGCUGCCAGAACCCCAGCCUCCUCCAGCUGGACCAAUAUGAAAACCACGGUUUGGUGCCUGAAGGGACUGUGUGCUCCAACAUUCCUUACGCGCCUAUGUUUGAAUCCUUCUGCCAGUUUACUCAUUUUCGUUGCGCCAACCGUAUCUUCUACGCCAAGAGAGUGCAGUGUUCACAGUCUGUCUCAAGUCUCAAGGAGGGAGACUUUAUCACUGAGGGACUAGACACCACCACGACCUCCCCAGUCUCCUCUCACGCCACUGCCUCUACCGUCACAGAAGAACGCGCCUUCCAGUCGAGGCUAGAGUUGAUUUAUAAAAAUCAAAAAGCAGCGAGAGGCCAUAUCCCCGCAGAUGCACCAGCUCACUGAAAACAGAAUCGAUUGUAGACAGACUCACAACUUGGAAACGUCACAAUAGAGGCUUAUUUUUCCUGAAGUGACCUAGUGAAGUGUCCCCCACGAAAUUUCCUCUUUCAACUAUGCUAACACCAUUUUCUGAAUAUAUGAUGCAUGCAGAAGAAAUUCCUUCCCACUCAUUUCUGAUUAUCUCAGUGUCAGCUUUCUCAUCUCAAAAAUAAAGUCUCGUUUGGGAAGGUGA